AUGACCUUCAACGUCCUCACAACCAACGCGGUCGACCUGCAGCAGCUCUUCGAAGAGAAAAGAAUCACGAGCGCUCAAAUUACUCGGGAUGAGGAGCGUCAAAAUGGGCAAUUCAGGGGCCCACUUCAUAGAAUUCCGAUAAUAUUGAAAGACAGCUUUGUCACAGCGUCAGAGCUAGGGACGAGCACCACAGCUGGAUCAUAUGCGUUCAUCGGAGCCAAGGCGUCAAAGAAUGGAGCUAUCACUCAGCGGCUGAUUGAGGCUGGCUUGAUUAUCUUGGGAAAGGCUAACAUGACUGAAUUCGCUGGCAUGAAAAUGACCAUGAUGAUGACCGGUUGGUCUGCUCACGGGGGUCAGACUCUAUCGCCGUAUGUUGGGAAGAUAGAGGAUGGUGAGAAGAUACUCGGCCACUCAGCUCCUGGGGGCUCAUCCACUGGCUCUGCGGUCGCCGUAGCCGCUGGAUUUAGCCCUCUUGGCAUGGGGACUAAGACCAUAGGUUCCAUCGUGACUCCGUCAACACGCGCUGGUCUGUAUGCACUCAAGCCUACAACCGGAGUCCAGGAUACUACUGGGUUAUACACCAUGACGGAGUUCUUCGAUAGUCCGGGCCCUAUGGCAAAAUCAGCAGCUGACGUUCGCGUUCUUUCUGGGAUCUUACUCGGUCGCCAUUUCAAAUCCCCCCUGUUGGGUUUCUGGGAAAGUCUUUCGGUAGGACUUCUAGACCCCAAAAUUUGGAGCAUGUCACCGGAGUUUUGUAUGCAAUUUGAGGGUACAGCGGAGCAAAUGGUAGAGGAGUACGAAGAGACGGUUUCCGCUCUGCGAAGCGGAGGCUGUUCUCUUAGAUACCCAAUCCACUGCACGGAUCCCUCAGUCUUACCAAAUACUAUAUUGCCAAUCGCAUAUUGGGACUUUAGGAAUGUCUGCAUCCCUAGAUUUAUUCGCUCGUUUCAUGAGUGCUCUGUAACAAGCGUUGCAGAAAUCGUCAAGUUCAAUAAAGAAAACAGGGAAAAGGCCCUUCCAGCUCCAUUCGUCGAGCAGAAUGAUCUGGAAGGGGCAAUGAACGCUAUUGGAGAAAAAGAAAUGAUAGGUGAACUGAAACAGGACCUUCGCAUGGCCGCGAGAGAUAUUCUGGAUGACCUUUUUAACAAGGAAAAGAUCAACAUUCUGGCAGCUCCUGGAGACUCUCCGUUGUGCGUCCAUGCUGCAGCUGCAGGCAACAACUCAUAA